GUAGGGCUUAUGAAUGUUUGGAAUCGCAAAGAGCUGGAAGACAUUUAUGUUGUAUUUCGAAUGAAUAUUUCAGUGUUUCAUCAACAAUGUCUUCAGUUCAGCAUCUGGGGGAGUUUAUGAGCGCGCGACUAACAGCUGAUGAAGGAUUUGAUGAAACGAUCGUGAAGCCAAAGAAAGAAAUCGAUGGUCAGCACAAGCUGCUGGAUCUCACCUGGUUACCACAAAAUAACUCGCACACAACAGAACUCUCACAGCAGCAUCUCUGUAAAGUGGAAGAAGAGGUACCUGAUGAUCAGCAGCCCUCUCACCAGGGAAGGAACUACACUUCAGACCAAGAGGAACCAGAGCCUUCAAAGACCAAAGAAGGACAGGAGGAAGCCUACACCUGUCAGGAUGGAGAGCAGCUUGUACUGGAGCAGGAGACUGAUUCCCACAGGCUGACUCCUAGUGAUGCAGACAUAGAUGAACCAAACAGUGUCCAGCUCCUCACUUGCAGCUCUUAUGUAGCUAAUAAGAAAGCAGAGGAUGAACUGAAACAAAAGAAACAUCACAGAAGGGAAAAUCACAGAAAUGCAGAUGACCCUGUCUUGUCAGAGAAUCUAUCAAAGGCAUGUAAAACGUCAGUAAAUUGUAACGUGUGUGAAAAAGCUUUUGAGAGUGAGUUCAAACUGAAGCGACAUCUGAAAACCCACACAACCGUGAAGCCAUAUAGCUGUAAAACAUGUGGAAAAAGUUUUUCUCAGUAUCGCGUUUUGACUGUCCAUAUGAGAACUCAUACUGGUGAGAAGCCAUAUUGUUGUGAAACAUGUGGUAAAUGUUUCAGUCAACAUGUGGGUUUGACUGUUCAUAUGAGAACCCACACAGGUGAGAAACCAUACUUUUGUGAAACGUGUGGGAAAAGUUUUGGUGAGCGCAGUAACUUUACUAUCCAUUUGAGAACCCACACGGUUGAGAAGCCAUAUUCUUGUGAGACAUGUGGAAAAAUUUUCACUAAUCAUGGUGGUUUGACUGUCCACUUGAGAACCCACACUGGCGAGAAACCAUAUUCUUGUGAAAUAUGUAGGAAAAAGUUCAGUCAACGCACUAAUGUUACUAUCCAUUUGAGAACCCACACUGGUGAGAGGCCAUUUUCUUGUAAAACUUGUGGAAAAUGUUUUAAUGAUGGUAGUGGUUUGAAUGGUCACAUGCGAACCCACACAGGUGUUAAGCCAUACAGUUGUGCAACAUGUGGGAAAAGUUUCAGUCAUAGCAGUGGUUUGACUGUCCACACGAGAACUCACACAGGUGUGAAGCCAUAUUCUUGUGAAAUAUGUGGGAAAGGUUUCAGUCAAAGUGGUGGUUUGACCGCCCACAUGAGAAGCCACACUGGUGAGAAACCAUAUUCUUGUAAAAUAUGCGGAAAAAGUUUCAGAUUACGUUUUGUUUUGACCGUCCAUAUGAGAACCCACACAGGUCUGAAGCCAUUUUCUUGUGAAAUGUGUGGGAAAUGUUUCGGUGAUGAUAGUCGUUUGACUGUGCACAUGAGAACACACACAGUUGUGAGGCCGAAUUCUUGUGGAAAAGGGUUCAGUCAAAGCGGUAAUUUGGCUACCCACAUGAGAAGUCACACCAGUUAGAAUUCUCAUGUUCUAACUAGCGGAGCGCAGCCUCCCUGAGCCGGGUUUUGAUGGUUGAUUUUUCUCCCUGUUGAAGGGAGUUUACUCUGUUCCAGUCUCACUUGUCAUCCCAUCCAUGCUCAGGAUGGGGGAUUGAAUCAAAGAUUUGAUGCAGUUUGUUAGUCUUUCUUAUGUAGGAAAUAAUUUUUUGUUAACUGGUUUGUAUGAACACUAAUAUGUAUUUUUUUUUAUUGGAUCACAGUGAUUGGAUUAUCUCUGUUAACUUCUUUGAGAUUCCUUUUGUUGUGAAUUUUUGCUGUGUAAAUAAAGUUAAAUUAAACUAAAAAUGAAAAUGCACCUGGUAACAUAGAUAGGUCUCUUUUUAAGGGCUCUUAGAUUGUGAAUCAGCAAUCAUGUCUAUUUGUUGUAGCAGAGACGAAAGUCAUAAAUUAAUUAGCAUUUACAGUAAUAAAGAAGUUAUCUGUGAUGAAGUAUUUUUGGGGUUUUUUUUUCAUAGCGUAGUGUGAUUGAACCUCUGCUGUCUCACUGAGUAGAGCUUUUAAACGCUGCAAUUUUUAUUUAAAACAACUCUGGAUAAAAGCCUGAAAAAAAGUUUGUCUGCAAUAAAACAUA